AUGGCAUCCGACACCGCCCGCCCGGCUUCGCUUGCGGAGCUGCCCCUCGAUGUCAUGACGAACUGCAUCAUACCGCGUCUUGACGCCGCGAGCUUCAUGGCACUGUGCCGCACUUGCAAGGCCUUCUACGACCCAUCAUUCCGCCAGGACGCAACUUACUGGAGGACCACAACCCAGUCGACCUUCCGAAUUGCUGAACGGCCAGUCAAAGUCGCCGACGGCGCGCACUGGCAGAAGUUGUACAGGAAUCUUCUGCACAACACCCGCGUCUACACCUGGGGUGAGAACUCACGUGGUGCCUUGGGCCAAGAGGAUCCGAAUGACAACUCGCCUCCCCCACCUCGUCACGGCCUGCUGAGGGGCAGGGGUCCUAUCCUUCGCCGUGGCCGUCCCCAGGCUGCCAGACAGAUCCAUGAGCGCCCGUACCCUCACGAAAUGUUCAAUUCGAAGGGCCUUGGUGUCAUUGCUGACCUCCAAUGUGGUGGCUGGUCAACGACUCUCCUUACCUCGAAGGGAGUCCUCUAUUCGGUCGGCACCCUCGAUGGUCUUACCUUCCACACGACCCAAGCACAUGUUCUCUCGGCACUGCACUACCCGGCGGGCUUUGCGCGUCCGGUUGAUCGCUAUGAUCCGUCGACAGCUAUCAAGCAAUUCUCCUCCGGCAGGUCCCAUAUUCUCGGCCUCUCAGACAGCGGUAAAAUCUGGUCAUGGCAUUCGAUAAACGAGCCUGCCUGGAACAUUGCGUUUGCUGAACGUGACAUCUCAGAGAAGGCUCCGGUUCAUGGAGAAACAUCUCACCAUCAUCGUGAUCAGUCCAUCUCGCUAAGGAGCGGCUCUGUGCGCAAGGUUGUCGCCGGAUGGAGUGUAAGCUCUGCUUAUAUUAACGGUACAGGAAUCGUGGCCUGGGCUCCUGCGAACCGCAAGCACUACGGUACAGAGAUCGGCAAGGAUACUCUACUCAUCCAGAAUACGGUCACUAUACCCAAGACGAGCUAUGUCCGACCGGCUAGAAGCGCUCGGGAUCCAGAUGACGCUGCGCGUGAGCUUGGGCGCACUAUCGGCGAAGUUAUCAAUUAUGUCGUCCUUGAGCAUUUCAUUCUCUUUGUCACCGACCUGGGCAAGUUCUUCGCCGCAAAAUUGACCUGGGAGAAUGGAGAAAUCGUCGGUCACGUCGAUGACGUUGUUGAACUUGAAGCUCUACGGGCUAACCAGGCCACUGUCCAAAAUCGCGACAACAAGCUUGACAUCCAAGGAUCAUUCAGGUCCUUUGCUGCAUUCCCGAAUGAUGGCGAAGUUAUCACCGGCUCACAAGACUACCUGGAAGCCUGUUGGGACCUUCGUGGAUCCAACGAGGUGGCUGAUGCGACCACCCUCAAAAGAAUCCCGGCUCUUCAGAACUCCGGUGUGAUCUCGAUUGCGUUUGGAGACUGGCACUAUCAUGCACUCCACUCUAACGGCACCAUCACUUCAUACGGGACGGAGCCCAGAGGUUGCGGAGCACUUGGACUCGGUGGCUAUGGCGAAGCAGAGAGUCGGCUGAGAGGCCUUGUGCAGAGCAACGACGGCAGAACCUUAACUCAGCAUGGUUACACUACUGGCCGUAAGAUCUGGUUCAACGACGUCAACCGUCAAUGGGUUAGGUUCUUGUCGUCUGGUGGAGUGGAUCCAGCGGAGGCUCAGGACCGGAUGAGGAUGACACUGCGCGAUACGACUGCUCUUGGAGAGGUCAGCGAAUGGAUCGAACAGCAGGGCUCUGACUGGGACAAGGAGCCCACAAUUGCAGCUGCAGAUGAAGACGGACUUGGAACUCACUAUGCUCUCAGCGUUGCCGCGGCUGGAUGGCACAGCGGAGCCCUAGUACUUGUGAACGACGACCUGUCGAAGAAGUUGGAGGAAUCUUGCAUCUUGGAGGAAAAGACAGUCCACCAGUCUCUCCGCCCCGAUCCGUCCACGUUCAACGAGCCAUGGAACCAUGGCGCAGCGGUGGAGGAAGGAAGAUGGUAUAAGUGGGCACGCGAUCGUUUCCCCAGGCUGCAAUUGUCCAACGGCCAGCCGAUGCCUGGCGGUGAUGGUGUGCCGUUUGACAUGUGGAAACACCCGAGGCCGAACUUCGUGCUGGACCAGAAUUUCUAA